AUGGAUUUCUUCUCGGGCAAUGACGAGCGGAACCGCCUAUCCAGCUUCUGGGUUCCAACUGGUGGCAUCACCCCCAAGGAUGCUGAAGGAGAAGAUACCCACGCCUUGCUUGUUCGCGCUGGAUUCCUUCGUCAAGCUCACUCCGGGCUCUUCCACAUGCUUCCGCUGGGCCUGCGGGUGCAAGAGAAGUUUGAGAAAUUGAUCGACAAGCAUAUGCGCAGCGUUGGCGCAUCCAAAGUUUCCCUGUCCUCCAUCUCCUCUGAAGAGCUAUGGGAACGAACGGGUAGACUCGAGGGCAAAGAGCUCCUCCGACUGAAGGACAGGAAUGACUCUGGGCUCUUGCUUGGCCCAACUCACGAGGAAGAGAUCACUCAACUCGUUCGCAACACUGUAAAGAGCUACAAAGAGCUGCCUCUACGACUGUAUCAGAUUUCCAGGAAAUAUCGAGAUGAGCUCCGUCCGAGACAAGGCUUGCUACGGGCAAAGGAGUUCCUCAUGAAGGACCUCUACACCUUCGACCAUCUGGAAAGCGAGGCCUUGGAAACCUACAAGAGCGUCAGGGAAGCCUACGUGAAUAUCCUAACAGACUUGAAGCUCCCCUAUCUAGUAGCAGACGCAGACUCCGGAUCCAUAGGAGGAGACACAAGCCACGAGUACCACUUCAUCUCCGCGAAAGGAGAGGACACAGUCUUCCAGUGCGACACGUGCUCGUACACCGCCAACGAGGAGGUCGCCCAGCACAGCGACGCCCAACUCACCCUGGAAGACAAGCCCGGCCCCAUCCUCGUGUGGAAGGGUAUCAGCAAGGACAGAAAAACGCUAGUCGAGGCCCACGCCAUGCUCAACCCGGCGGAUACGUCCGAGCCCGCCGCCCGCAUCAACCUACACGCCAUCAAAUCCCUCUUCCCAGACAUCGACACAGCCAUCGACGACGGCCCCAGCGACAGCGCCACCAUCAUCGCUGAGCAGCUCUGGCACGCCAACCCUUCCCCUGACAAAUCCCGCCUCGUCCUCGCCGACGCAAACAUCCACACCUUCCGCGACCUCCUCGCCUUCGAAUCCACCACCGUCUCCUCCUCCCCCCACCCCACCACCUUCAAAUACCUCACCCCCCAAUCCAAAUACACCUCCCUCCUCGCCCUCCAACACGCCUCCCCCUGCCCCUCGUGCGCGACUGGCCACGUCACCUCCCACCGCGCCGUCGAAGUCGGCCACACCUUCCACCUCGGCACCCGCUACAGCGCGCCCCUCAGCCUCGCCAUCCAAACGCCCUCCGGUAAACCAGCUCUCGUCCAGAUGGGCUGCCACGGCAUCGGCGUGUCCCGCAUGAUCGCGGCCGUCGCCGACGCGCUCGCCGACGCCAAGGGCCUGAACUGGCCGCGCGUCGUCGCGCCGUUUGAGGUCGUUGUCGUGCCUGCGGGCGGGAAGGGCGUGGAUAUGGACGCGGAGGCCGUGGCCGUGUAUGAUGGGUUGGAGGCGGCGGGGGUGGAUGUCGUGUUGGAUGAUCGGAGGGGGGUGGGGGUCGGGUGGAAGCUGGGGGAUGCGGAUUUGGUGGGGUAUAGCGUUGUGGUUGUGCUGGGGAAGGCGUGGAGGGAGAAGAGGAAGGCGGAGGUGCAGUGUCGGAGGCUCGGGGUUAAGGAGGAUGUGGUGGUGGAUAAGUUGGGGGAUUUUGUGGGGGAGUUGUUGGGGAGGUUGUAG